ACGGACAGAUCGCGGCCAAGCGACAGUUCACGAUGAGCAGUUCGAGCGUCCAGAAGAUUGGAAUCGUGGGCAGCGGCCUCAUCGGCAGAGCCUGGGCGAUGCUCUUCGCCUCGGCUGGCUACCGCGUACAGAUGUACGACAUUCUGGACAGUCAGCUGGUCACGGCUCAGCAGGAGCUGCACAAGGAGCUGCACAGUCUUGAGGAGAAGGGUUCGCUGCGUGGCCAAUUGAAGGCAGUGGAACAGUUGGCACUGAUCGGGUUCACCCAGCGGCUGGAGGAGCUCGUCGUGGAUGCUAUCCACAUUCAGGAGUGCGUUCCCGAGCAGCUAGAGCUGAAGAAGUCACUGUACUCCCAGCUGGAUGGCCUCCUGGAACAGGACACUGUGGUCGCCAGUUCGACGAGCACCUUCAUGCCAUCCCUGUACAGCGAGGGACUAAAGAGGCGACAGCAGAUGCUGGUAGCCCAUCCCCUGAAUCCGCCCUACUUCAUACCCCUGGUGGAGAUUGUGCCCGCCCCCUGGACCACCGCGGAGGCUGUGGAGCGCACCCGCCUGCUGAUGCUGAGCCUGGGCCAGCGGCCGGUGACGCUGAAGCGCGAGAUCGAAGGCUUCGCCACCAAUCGCAUCCAGUAUGCGAUACUCAACGAGGUCUGGCGCCUGGUCGGAUCGGGUAUACUCAGCGUGGCGGAUGUGGACCGGGUGCUGAGUCAAGGACUCGGGCUGCGCUACGCGCUGCUUGGCUCCCUGGAGACGGCCCACCUGAAUGCACCCGGCGGAGUGGCCGACUAUUUCAAGCGUUUCGGUGCAGAGAUCUCUGCCGUGAGUGCCACCUAUGGAGCAACGCCGAACACCCAGGCGGAGGAAGGAACGCUGGCGGAGAUUGCCAGGCAGUGCGAGGAGCUGGUGCCGCUGGAAGAGCUCGACCAGAGGCGGGCCACGCGGGACGCCUUUCUCAUCCAUUUGGCCAAGCUGAAGAAGCGAUUCGAAUAGUAAAACUAAUUGCUACGCUUUUCUCUGAUUAAAAUAUCCUCCGAAAAAUC